AUGGCGGAACUAGACACAGACAGCCUUCCAAUACCCAUCCCGGAUCACAAACCCGAUAGCCCUUCAACGGACAGCGAGCCGGUUCUGACGCCGGAGGCCAGCGGCACGCCCCCGUUGGGAAACUCGGCGCCCGAACAUGCCAUCGACCAUGCCGUCGACACGCCCACGCUGGGGCCGACGUCGUCCAAGAGCCCGAGGUUGUCGAGGAAUCCAUCCUUUUCGGGUAGCAGCUCGUACCAUGAAGAUUGGGACGCAUUCCCGCCGCUGGAUCGCGUGUCGAUGCUCGAUCUGCUCGACAACUUUGCUCUUCCCCAGCAGCUAGAGAAGAUACAAAAGGGCAUUUCCGCCCAGACGGAGAAGGUGCGCAAGUCGCGCGAGGCCCUCAAGAAUAGGAGCGUAAUGGCCCGCGAGCGCAUGGUGGAUGAGUGGCGAAGGCGGGUUCCUUCGGCCGAGGAACAGCUUACAAUUUACCGGAAACGAAUGCGCGUGAGUGUCGAGAAGCUGGGAAGCCGGUGGAACGACACCAAGGCCAUUACGCUGCGCGAGAAGAUCUCAUUCAUAUGCGGCGUCAUGAACAUCUUCGUAAGCGGCUACCUGAUCGGCGCAUACCCCGAGAUGUUUCACCUCUGGUACACUGCCCAGGCCCUGUACUUUUUGCCCAUCCGCUUCAUCACGUACCACCGGCGCGGAUACCACUACUUCCUCGCCGAUCUGUGCUACUUUGUCAACUUCCUCCUACUACUAAGCUUGUGGAUCUUCCCCGGCUCCAAGCGCCUUUUCACCUCCGUCUUCUGCCUGGCCUUUGGCAACAACGCCGUCGCCAUCAUAAUGUGGCGCAACUCGCUCGUCUUCCACAGCUUUGACAAGGUCACCUCUCUCUUCAUCCACAUCAUGCCCUGCGUAACGCUACAUUGCAUCCUACACCUAAUCGAUUCGGAAGUUCAGAGGGAGAGGUUCCCCGCCUCCUGGACCGUCAAGACGUCGCCACCAGGUUCUCCCACCGCCUACGCCAACGUGAUUUCCAUGCUCUCUUGGUCCACCAUCCCGUAUGCCUUCUGGCAGCUCAGCUAUUACUUCUUUAUCACGGUGCGCCGGCGCGACAAGAUCGCCGCUGGCCGACCCACGUCAUUUACCUGGCUUCGCAAAUCGUACAGCAAAACCUGGAUCGGCAAGGUCGUUCUGUCGCUACCUUCAAUGUUGCAGGAACCCGCCUUCAUGUUGAUCCAGUACCUCUACGCUGUGCUAACGAUGCUGCCCUGCCCUCUCUGGUUCUACAGUCGGUGGUCUUCGGCUGGCUUCCUCAUGGCCGUCUUCACCUGGUCCGUCUACAACGGUAGCACCUACUACAUUGACAUUUUUGGCAAGCGCUUUCAGAAGGAGCUUGAGGAUAUGAAGGCCGAGGUCACCAAAUGGCAACACAGCACGGAUGGCAUGAGCUUGCAGCAAAGCCCAGUACUAGCGCCGCAACCCGGGGCUGAAGGCAGCUCCACCGGAGGAGGCGCCUUUGACGAGACGGCUAGCCUCAUCCUCGAUGACAACGCUAGCACUGACGGUGGCAGUUCGGUCAACGCCGCCAUCACUAGUACAAUGCUAAAUACCACCGAACAACUGGGCAUCACAACGGGCACGGAUAUGGAUGGCGGCGCAAGAGACGUUGCGAGGGAGCGCAAGCGCGGAGAAACCGAUACUGCAUCGUAG